AUGUGUGGUCGAUACGCUUUGAAUUAUAGCGGAGAAGAACUCAAUCAACGACUGCAUCAAAUGAACUUUGAAGUUCAGCUUUCUAGAGACAACAUAUCAGGACAUGAACCGUCUUUUAAUGUGGCACCCACGCAGGAUGCCCCAGUUUACACGACUGGCCAUGAACUUAGGUACAUGAAAUGGGGGCUUGUACCACAAUGGACAAAGGACGUAUCCCAAGCAAAACUCUACAAAACGUUCAAUGCUCGGACUGAGAGUUUGGGAACAAGUAAAAUGUGGAAAGUACCUUGCCAGCGCAAACGAUGUGUUGUUCCGGUGAGCGGUUACUAUGAAUGGAUAACGAAAAAUAAGACCAAAGUCCCUUAUUAUGUGACCAGGAAAGAUCGACAAGUCAUGUUUCUAGCAGGACUUUGGGAUCGCGUUCCGCACGAGGAUUUUUACUCCUUUACCAUAAUAACGAGCCCUGCUCCUCCCAACAUGAAAUGGUUACACUUCCGUAUGCCUGUGAUAUUUACGCCCGGGUCGAAAGAAUGGGAUGCAUGGAUGGAUGAUUCAAAGCAUGAGUGGGCCGAUAAAACGCUGAUUGAAACUUUAAAGGCUAGGUGCUAUGAGGACGUUGUUGAAUGGUGGCAGGCUAACUCCGAUGUUAACAAAGUCAGUAACAAUGGGUCUUACUUAAUUGAACCCGUGAAGAAAGAAGAAGAGGAAUUGCUCAAAAAACCCGUGGAAGAGCGGGAACCUUUGCACAAGAAACAGAAAAGUGAAAUUAAGGCUGAUCCCAAUGUCCCAUCGGGUGUCAACAAGAAAGGUGAGCUUGUCAUACCUGAGGGGGGAGCACUGGGAGGUGGCAAAGACGAGUAUCAUGAGGGUUCAUCGGCCAAGAGAGUGAAAAGGGAGGGUUCCUUUGGAGGUGAUGACGAACAUGUCACCAAAAAGUCUAAAAAUGAGCACACCAAGGGGCAGGCAACCAUUCACUCCGCAUUGCAACGCUCGCCACGUAAGAAGCAAGUGAAGUAA